AUGUCGUCUACGACCGACCCAACGGAUCAAGUAUCAGCCUCACAGCACAUUGACGCUUUCAUGCGCAAUGAAGCAUCGGUCGUUCACGGCUUGGAGCUUGCAUGCAGCCGGGCAUAUCGUGAAGAAUCGCUUACAUACCGUGCAUUGUCCAGUCCCAAGGCAUUCCCAGCAGGAGUGUACUUGGCAUGUUGGUCCUUCUUCCCACUUCUGCUCGAAACACAUCGAUCCCUUCUGCGAAGGAUACGUGUCGUGCUCGAUGAACACCCCAUCCAACCGCAACAACGCGUCAUAUCGAUCCUCAUCGAGUCUGUUAACCAUGUCGCUGCCGUCCACGAAGCAUAUGCCAUUCAAUUCCAAGCUGCAACCCAAGCAACAAAGCAACACACGGUUCAGCCUGACGUUUUAGAAUUGUUGAAUCGCCCGUUGACUGCCCUGGAUGCGUACAAACGAUGUCUGCAUGCCCUGCACGCCACGGACAUCCCUGCAUCCUUAACGGCAAUCGCGCUCUUGGAUGGUGGAGCGAAGGAAGCAUUUGAAUCCAUGAGAUUGCGUCAUUCGGAGCAGUUAGACAUUGAGACCAAGGUUCGUCAUGUCGACUGGACAAGGCGCGUUCUCGUCGACGUGACGGAAUCCGUUCAAUUUGCCGAUGAGACCGACAAGUUCGUGGAAUCCAAAGCGUUUCUCUUUGAUGGCGUGCUGGUGGCGCAGAGUGCUUCCGAUGGCUCCAUCUUGGUGGUCCUGGAGGAUACGUCUCCCAUCACAAUCGUGCCGUUCGAUGUCUCGACGAAGACCGUGGUGGUGCUGGGAUCCGUCUCGACUUGCCACGCAACCUUUUCGUCGCAAGAAGCCUGCGCUGCGUGGCUAUCUGCCCUGGACAAAUGUUUUGAAACCCGUCGGCAGUCGACGUUAUCGUUUGAUUUGCAUGCGUUGUUUGCGUCCAUGCAGCAGUUUCCAAAGUCUUGGCUCGUGGCCGACACCGAAACGGCCAACCAUGAUUUGGUCGCGUCGGCUGCCAUGUGGCUGGUCGAUCCCAGGCACUCGAUGAUUCCGCGGCUUCACCAAAUGUACCUGAUGAAGGACAUGGUCCUCUACGGCCGCAUCCACACCCUCUCCGAAUGCCGCUUCGUCGGGUACAUCCUUGGGGAGCACAUUCAUAUCCACGAUCCUCCGUUGGCCGAUCAGCAUUGCCAACUCAACCGUCCUUUUGAGGUAGAAGUCGCCCAGGAAGAUGGCGACGCACUGCGAUUGCUUGUCGCGCCAGUGGAUAUGACCGUUCGCAUGGACUGGAUUGCUCACUUUCACCGUCUCCGAGAUAGCCUAGUCGUCCCAACCUCCGACGAAAGCGAAGACUUGUUUGCCGCUUCCCCGUCCAUCGCUACCUCCCACACCACGAUGGCGACAUCGUCAGAACAGUUGAAAACGCUCUCGUCCAGUGCUUCCGUGGACAAGGAGGGCAGCAGCGACUCGAUCGCUGUACCGACGUCCAAGCCCCUUCCUGCGGCCCGCAUGCUUCAACUCAACAACUUGGUGGGGUCACCGGCCACAUCCGAGACAGAAAUUGACAGCGGCGAUGACGUGGCUCGAGCUGCCGACAGCUUGGACUCGAUGUUGUGCGCGAAAAAUACAAACAUGCAGUCGUUUACACGGAUCCAGUCCCCACAAAUCCUUGACAAGCAAGAUGAACCCGCCCCGUUGGACGACACAUUUUGCGCCGAAACUCCCGACGCCAAAGACGAUGAGCGGGAACGCCCGCAUGUCCUGCCUACUUCCGGCAGACGGACUACAGGUGAUGACCAUUCCCCGCCCUCCAAGCGUGCCAUCAAAUUUAUCAGCGAAUCUGUCGACGAUACCGUUCGAUCAACUGUUUCACGCAUUCCAUCCACGCAAGACAUGGAAAGUGGCACGAUUCAAUUCCUCACAACUACUCGGCAACUUUCAACGCCAGUGACUGAAGUACCAGCAUCACCCGAGGCGAAAUCGACCAAGCGGGGACGACCGAUGAAGAAGCGAAAGAGUGCAACCCCGACGGCGGCCGCCAACGCUGUCGCUGAGCCCAACCACUCCACCCCAAAAGCCCCAUCCACGAAAUCCAAGUCAACCUCGAAACCUCUGGUCGACUUGCCACCGUCCACUCAAGAAAUGGAGGGGGGUGCGAUUCAAUUUCUCCGGGAUGUUCCAUUUUCGUGUGCGGCAGAACCACAGCGCAGUGCCGCGACGGCUAUCUCGCGAAUUCGCAUUGCGCUGACAGGGUUUUCAACACCCAACAACCUCCUUGCCAAGAUCUCGAGUAUUCAGCAGGCAGAGUACGAAGACGAUGUGACCCACGCAACCCACGUCAUUGCUCCAUCUGGCGUCCUCAAGCGCACAGUGAAGAUCUUGUGUGGCAUAUCAUGCUGCUCGCACAUCCUGGACGAAAAAUGGCUCCACGAGUCGGCAAAAUUGGGCCACGCCGCGCCGGAAGAAUCGUUUUGUCUAUCCGAUCCUGUCAAGGAGCAGCUGUGGGGCUGCUCGCUCCAUGCCACCAUGUACAACUACACUCUGGCCCAACGCCAAUCCCUCUUACGAGGACGAGCGUUCUACGUUACACGUCACAAGACUGUCCUGCCGCCGCCAGAAGAUUUGGAGCGUAUCAUUGCCUGCGCAGGGGGCGAGGUACAUGGGAUGUCCGAGAUUGGCCCCAACACAUUGGUCAUUACGUCCGUGGAUGCUGCGGCGGCGGCGACGGUUCAAAAGGUCCUAAAACGAGUGGAUCCGACGCAGUGCUACACGCCGGAAUUGCUCUUGCGGUGCAUCUUAACACAGUCGCUGGCUCUGACGGAAUACCACGUCGCGCUGCCUGACAAGCAUGACAAGAAACCCAGAGGUUCCAGGAAAAAGAAUUAAUUUAACUUGCGUGGUUGUUGCUGCUCCGUCA